AAAAACCGAGUUUUUGGGGAAGAAAAAUAUAUAAGAGAAGAAAAAAAAAGAACUGAAAAAAAUUGUGCAAAAAAACACAAAUAAAACAUAUACACGCUCAUUUUGUCUGUGUUGUGCUUCAUUCCUGUUUCAGUUUUUAUCCGUGGAGGAUGCCUUCUGCUUCAAAUAAUAACCAAUCAAAUACUAAACUAGUGAAACAAACCUCCGUGAAUUCGGUUAAUUCUGGAGGUGCAAGUGGAACUAGUGGUGGCGGUACUAAAGGUAGUAGCAAGAAAAUAACGGAAAAUAUAACAAAAUCCAACAAUGCCACUACCAACAACAGCAACUCAACCACCAAUAACAAUGAGACAUCAUCAUCAUCCAGCAUAAAAACGGCUAAAGAAAAUACCAACAAUGUGGUGGCCGCUGCUGCAGCGGCAAAUAGCAAAAAUUGGGAAACAUCCUCGGCGGCUGGAAAUGCUUCAUCUACUACAGCUAAUAAGGAUGCUGGCAAUGAUGCCUUGAAUCCCAUGAAAUUGACUUUUACCACAAUUGAGCAUAAAAUACGCAAUUUGGAAAAACGCAAGACAAAAUUGGAAGGUUAUCGCGCCAUACAGGCUUCUGGCAAAGAAUUAAGCUCUGAUCAAAAGGCUGCAGUGGCUAAAUAUGAUGCUGUUAUGGCUACUUUGGAAUUUGCCCGGGAUUUGGUUAAACAAAUGCAGCAAUUCACCAAAGAUGCCGAAAAAGAGCAAAAGAAACAGGCUCGCAAGGAGUUAAUUGCCAAAGCCCAGGCUGAGACCAUUAAAAUACGUGAAGUCUUAAUAAUUCAAAAUAUUUUGUCCUGUUUCACCGAUGAAGCGGUACGCAAUGAUUUCUUGUCCGGCGAGAAUGGCGCUGCCAAAUUGGAGCAAAGUGAAAUGGAAAUUAUAGAAAAAUUCUGUUUCGAUGUCCAAACCAGACGUCCAGAAACGUCAGAAGAUGUCCCUUUUGCAACUUCAGCCCAAAAAGCCGCCGAAAUCUUUUCCAUGACCAUAGAUGCUCGCCCCAAACAGUAUGGCGAGACCACCUAUGAAAGUGUUAAGCGUAUUUUCCAUCGUAUACAAGAAUCUGACUAUUUGGAUAAAAUCUAUUUAACGGAUGUACCAGAACCAGAGUUAAAAACUUUGGACGACGAUUUGGAGCCAGAAGUAAACGUGAAUAAUGAGGAAGUAACUGAAAUUAUAACACAAGAACAGGAUUUAAAUGCUUUAGAAGAGGGUAUGGAUACCAUGAAUCUGGAGGGCGGUAAUAUGACUCAAUCAGGUCAUGAGGCACCCAUAGUGGACAAUGUUGGACUAAUCCCUCAACAACAGCAAGGUUUUAAUAAAGAACACUUGGAUUUACAGCAGCAACAAGUGGCUUUGGCAAAUAUGCCUCCUCAGGCAGUCGCAGCCCCCAUAAUGAAUGCCCCCAUGGCACCACCAGCCACGGCAGUGCCCUCAUUCCAACCGGCUGUAGCCACAGCACAUUCGGGUAACACUACACCCGUACAUGUGGCCAUGUAUCAUGCCUCAAUGGCACAGCCUACACCCCAACAACUACAACAAAUGCCAAAUGCAGCCGCAUUAAUGGGCGCGGUACCCACUAACGCUGCCGGCCAGUUGAUGACAGGUUUAGCAAGUCAACAACAGACAGGAGUGACAGGCGUUAAUGCUGCACAAGCUAAUCAACAGCAGCGACAAAUGCUUAACAGUCCUGCUGGCCAACCCUUAAACAUGCAUAAUGCCAAUCCCCAACAACAAGCUCCACCUCCGGGUCAUUUCAAUCCCACUCCCGUACAUGCCGUAGAGCAGAAUUUCUUUAAACAUCCAACUAAUCAUCAUCAACAGCAGCAACAGCCACCUCAACCGCAACAACAACCACAGCAGCAACAACAGUAUUUGCAACAAAUAAGACCAUUGGCCGAAGUUAUUGGUAGUGGUAACUUCUAUUUCCUGCAGGACAGUGAACUAGACUCUCCCGAUCUAAAUAAUCAAGGCGUACAAGGUGUUCCACAAAACACUAUAGUGUUCGAACAGCAACAACAGCAGCCUCUGCAACAAAAUAAAACUACGCAAAAUUUAUUAACGGAGCAACAACAAACCGCAAAUACACCAAAUCAGCAACAACAACAACAAUUGCAACAGCAACUUAACCAGCAACUUCCUCCCACACAGCAAAACCAACAACAACAGCAAACUGCUACACAAACACCCAUACAAACUCAAACAUUCACAAAUCAAUCAUUCCCACAAAUGCCACCACCACAGCAGCAACAACAGGCUAACCCUAAUGCUAAUAUCUUGCAAAGUCAAACUCCCAGUCCCUUAUUCCAGCAGCAACAGCAACAAAAGGGCAACCAACAACAAUUGUUUUCACCGGUACAAACACAACAACAACUGGCCACACCUCAGCAACAGCAGCAAUUAAUGGCUGAAGCUUUACAGCAACAGCAGCCUCCUAAUUCUUUAAUGAUGAUGAAUCGUUUGGCUAAUGCUAAUGCUCCCUCUACACCCUUAAUGCAACAACAGCAACAGGGACUUUUGCAACAGCAACAACAACAAUUGACACCACAAAAUCAAAAUUUGGUGGGAAAUAUGCAGCAGCAACCACAACAGCAACAGCAAUUACCAACUAAUAACUCCACAGCAGAUAUGAGUCAAACUCCUAAAAAUGCCGGGUUUCUAUUUGAAAAUCCCGUGGUAGCCGGUCUCAGUUAUGAAAAACAAAUGCAAAAUAAACUCAAUGCCGAAAAAGUAUUGAAUGCAUUGCAAGAAGCCAAUGCUAGUAACAACACUCAUCAUUUACACAAAAACGAUUUGAUAAAUGAAUGGGAUGAAUCGGUAUUAAAGGCCUCGAGUGGCACUUCUGCAACAAACAAUAGCCAACAGGAUUUUAAAACCACAACUGUGGAAGCAUCCACUAAUAAAUGGAGUGCCGAGGUAAAUGCCAAUUCGCCCAUUACGGUGCAGCAAACACAAACGCGUAAAAAUGAAUGGACUGCCACGGCCAACAACAGCAGCAAUAAUGCCAACGUAAAUAGCAAUUCUGCGGAUACCAGUGCGGGUGGUUAUGUCAAUGAUAAUCGCUCAGAAACGAAUCACUGGCAUUCACAGGAUUCUGGCAGUUAUGGCAGAGGUUCUUCGAGUGGCAAUCGCGGCCAAGGUGGAGGUGCUAAUUCGGGCGGUUAUCAAAGACAACGCAAUGAUGACAGACGGGAUGAUAGACGUCCAGGAGGAGGCAGUGGUGGUUAUAGGGGACGCUCUAAUUAUGGCUCAGGCAAUCCACCACAAAACGGACAAACACGCGGCAGUGGUGGUGGAGGCGGCAAUUCUAGUGGUAUUUAUUUCCGCAAUAAUGAAAAUGCUACCAACAACUCUUACUACCAAAAUGGCAGUGGUGGUGGAGGCGGCGGUGGCGCUGGCAGCAAUGUGUAUUCCAACAAGGAUUCACGUUAUGACUCGCGCAGCGGUGGAGGUGGCAAUUAUAGGGGCCCACGUGGCUCCGACAACAACUCUGCCAACUCCCGCAGCAAUGGUCCACCACCACGUCACAUGGGCAAUCGUUCCACUGGCGGCGGUAACUCCAAUGCAAACACAAACUCGAAUUCUUAUAUGAACUCACGGCAGUCAUCUAAUCGUAUGCCAUUGGGUAUAGAAAAUAAAAAUUAAAACUCCCCGGGAAAGAAAAACAAAACGGUAGAAACUCUCCCUUUAAGAAUUAACAAAUUAAAGACCCACACACACACACACACACA